AUGUCGCCUCAGGUUGAUGAAGGGGGUCUGAUCAGUGAUGUCACCGCUACGACUCACCAAACAAAUAGUCACGAUAAUGGAGAGAAUUUCGACAGUCGGCGGCUUCACGAUCAAGACGAAACAACUUCAAUCAACCCUGGUCCCCAAGCGGCGUCAAUGAAGAAGAAGAAGAAGGGGAAGUCCAGAGGCAUAAAGUCUACCGCCCAGCGAGGUCCAACUGCAUUGCCACGGAAUCGUGGAACAGGUUUUGAAGAGUACUUUGCCGAUCCGCCAAUGACUCCAGACGAAGCAGCUGAAGAAAAGCUCGAAAUAUACGCCGAUUGUCUUCCAUUCGAAGAACGCAUUCAGUCUUGUAUUCGGCGAUUCCGGGCACGGCGACGCCUUCAGGGAGACCAAAUUCGUUAUUUCGACGAAUAUCUCUUCCUUGGCGGUAUUGACACCAAUUGCAAUGCUUUCUCUGGACGUGAUACCAGUGACUUGGAAGACCUCACGCCCGCACAGCGCCGCGAGGCGACAGUUACCGACACGGUGAAUGGAGCCUGCGGAGCUGACGAUCGGUUCUACAAUGGCGACGACGAGCACUGGUCUGUCGAUUUUGCUAGUGUGGCAGCCGGCCUAUUUUCUACAUCGCUAGGCCAAUUAACCGGCUUCGCGCCGAACAAGACUGUGUCUCUUAUUGGCCUCGUGGAGAACUUUCUGCGAUACGUCCUCCUUCACGAAGUCUGUCCAGAGUACAAAGACAACAUUGAGUCCGCUUUGCAAGUUUGCAAUCAAGCGCGACAAGAGUGGCCGGCUCUGAAUAAGCUCACUGCUGAUUUGCCUGGGUGCUUCAACCUGGCUGCUACGGAGUUGUUCUCCUCCGCGGCGGUCGGAGAUUGGUCAUUUCUUUCAUUCUCCCGGCCUGCUGGUUUUGAUCCCAAGACGGUGUUUCUUGCUGUCUGCGCAUUGUGCGACGAGGCCUUCACCCUGGAUCAGUUCUAUCAGGACCGCGUUGAGGCGUCCAAAGAGUGCACCUACACCCUAGAAGUUACUAGCAGUGACUAUGACAUUGAACCCGUGGGCAAAGUCUUUUUCAAACCCGCAAUCAUCGAGGAUGAAUGGGAGACACCAAGCAUGCAUAUCCCGCCCCAGGACGCCAAUAUAUGGGUCUACCUCGAAUAUUCGCUUCUCGCAAAUGUUGUGCCCAAGAUGAAGAUGGACAUCACCCUCGUCGAGUUGAAUACUGGGAUCCGCUUUAUCAAGACUAUACGCCGGAUUGUGCCAUCUUUCUAUACGUUUUUGCCUCAGCAAAUGAUGAGGCAUUACAAACAACCCCGAGAUGAUGAUCGACCAGCACCGUCAGUGCAUGAUCCAGGGGCGGAAGAAGGGCAGUCUGCUGAGUAA